AGAAAUUCCAUGAACCUAGUGGCUCCAACUCCUCCUUUUCCGGAGGUUUUAUUUCAGCUCCGGCCCACGAGCGGCCGUCCCUGCUGCGCGGGGCCCCGAGCGCCGCCAGGGGGCGCGCGGGAGCGCUGCCUGCCCUUCCGGCCGCCGCCGCCAUGCCGAUGAAGGGGCGCUUCCCGGUGCGCCGGACCCUGCAGUACCUCAGCCAGGGCGACGUCGUGUUCAAGAGCUCGGUGAAGGUGAUGACCGUGAACUAUAACACGGCAGGAGAGCUGAGCGAAGGCGCGAGAAAGUUCGUGUUUUUCAACAUACCCCAGAUCCAGUACAAGAACCCGUGGGUGCAGAUCAUGCUGUUCAGGAACAUGACUCCCUCGCCCUUCCUCCGGUUCUACCUGGACAAUGGAGAACAAGUUUUGGUUGACGUGGAAGAUAAAACCAACAAAGAGAUAACAGAGCACAUUAAAAAAAUCCUGGGAAAAAGCAAAGAAAUGCUUGAAAAAGAAGAAAGGGAAAGGAAAAAACUAUCACAUCCAGCAACCUUCGGGCCCAAAAAGUAUCAUCUACGAGAAUGUAUGUGUGAGAUUGAAGGCCAAGUUCCCUGCCCUGCUGUUGUACCAUUGCCCAAAGAGAUGAGGGGGAAAUACAAAGCUGCUAUGAAAAAUGAGGCAUGAGCCUGGCAUUUCGAGACCUCAAGUCGUGCAGCUGUUUUUCCUCAGGGCCGGACAAUGAAGGUGCUUCAGUGAGAGACAAGAGCCAGCAGUUCCUGAGAACAGGAACAAGCAAGUUCAUUCAAUACAGACAACUCUGCCUCAAAAGCCUUCUGACAGCUACAACUGGAAAAAUUAAGUGAAAAAUAAAUAAAACUGCCACACAAACACA